UAGUCUGCCGGAAACGCACAAGGAGAAGAAGGAGAGCGGGACGAAAGAAGCGGUUGCUAUGGCCGACAUGUUUCCAUGUCAACAAUAAAUGGACCAAGCUUCUCCUGAUAAACUAGCCAGAGUGUGUUUUCUCUGUAGAAGGAGAGGGGAAUGGCAGAGACAACAGAGAGCAAGAAGGAGGAGGCUGAUUACAAGAGGCUCCACAGCUUCCCACUCAUCAGGCACACAGACAUGCCAGAGGAGAUGAGAGUGGAAACGAUGGAACUGUGUGUCACAGCCUGUGAGAAGUUUGCCACCAACAAUGAGAAUGCGGCGAAGAUGAUCAAGGAGUCGAUGGAUAAAAAGUUUGGCAGCUCGUGGCACGUGGUUAUCGGGGAGGGCUUUGGCUUCGAGGUGACACACGAGGUCAAGAACCUGCUCUACAUGUUCUUUGGAGGCAGCCUGGCCGUGUGUGUGUGGAAGUGCGCUUAGCACACACACAGGCGCUCACACAAAACACACACACACCCCUCCCAUCCAGUCUGUCUCUACCUAACGAGUGUGUUUAUAUAUUUAUAUACACAUCCUGGAUGAUUCACCCAUCUCUGAGCUAUGCAGUCUUUUUCUUUGUCAUUUACUGAUCGUGUAUGUGUGGUGGGAAUGGAGGGUGUGUGUGUGUGUGUGUGUGUGUGUGUGUGUGUGUGUGUGUGUGUGUGUGUGUGUGUGUGUGUGGUGUGUGUGUGUGUGUGUGUGUGUGUGUGUGUGUGUGUGUGUGUGUGUGUGUGUACACGUGUUUGCGAGCGUGUGUGAUGUCCCUUACGUCAUUGAUUGAUUAGGCUAAGUCACUCUUGAUAUAUUGUAUUCAAUAUCAGCAUGUCACACUCUUGACUUGUGUGUGCACAUACAGUAUGAAAUUGACCAAGUCUUAUCUGUAUACAGAUGUGAUAGUUUCUACAGAACAGUGAGUUCACUGCACGAAGGAGUCUGGUGUCUCUCCUACUAUCCUACUGAUGGAAUUCAGUGGGGCUGAAACACUUGCACUCUCUUUCCCUAUUACUUUCUGCUCUACUUCUUUAACUCGAGGCGGCAUGCAUGUUCUCAUCAUCUCCUCAUGCUCACCUUUGGAGAAGAAAAAAAAAUGCAUCCAGCUCCAUCUCUUUCCUCCACACCGCCUGUACGUUGGCACACUGUCGUCUCGGUGGGCUGCCAUGCCAUCUGCUGAAAAACAUCCUUACACAAGCACACACCCUCUCUCAGUCGCUCUUAUUGCUCUCAAUUCACACAUUCUGUUUAUCUAAUCCUCUCUCUAGAUUCUUGUUGCUCUCAAUUCACACAAUCUCUGUUCUCCAAUCCUCUCUCUAGAUUCUUGUUGCUCUCAAUUCACACCAUCUCUGUUCUCCAAUCCUCUCUAGAUAUAUUUUUCUCCGUCUUUAGUAGUAUAGCUUUAGUCUUCACCUUUCAGACAUGAGUCCCAUAAGUCCCAUAAGCCACCCUUGUCUGUGUCUCUACUCCUCCUAUAACUGAUAAGAUAGCACAGGGACUUUUAUAUCCUCUCAAUGUACAGUAAAUACUUGAAUUUGAAUGUGAAGAUUGAAUCUGAUUUUGUAUAGGAUCGUCAUGGGCUUUUUAUGAAAGAACUUAUUGUUGAAAUAGUUAUUUUCUGUCACACCUGGGGGUGAGUUAUACGAAUGUCAUGGAUAGGUGUCGUUGUUCUGAAUUUGUAUCACAACUGAUGAUAUUACAUGAGCUAUUCUGCCUCUCUAGGCCUAGGCAUUGCAUUUCAAUGAAUAUCAACCUAGGCAUGCAGUCUCAUUGCCACAUAGAAACCUUUAUGUUGCCAACUGUGGAUGUCACCAGGUACCAUAACACUGAUGCGUUGUAUCGUUGUUUUCACUUCAACACUGUGUGUUUGCAUAAAUUCAUUGAACAUGAAA